GUCAGGGGAGACUGUAUAUAAUCCAUUAUACUCCAAAUACAAUUCUGACAUGUUCCCAAGUUCAGGGAUAUACUCCCAGUACACUGUUCUCCCAUACCACAACGGUAUUUAGUCUAGUGCAUUUACUACAACACCUAGUCGAAAUCUCAUGGCAUCUCCAACAAGCAGACCUGAUCCAUUUCUAGAGGUGAACGAAGCGGACCGUGAAUAUGAAGAGGAGAUUCAUGACUCUGCAUUGAUACGACAACGAUUCGAGGAUGUGCCUGACAUAGAUGACAACAUUUCGAUAAUACCACCACAGUCUAUAGCAUCGUUAAAGCAAACACAGGGCUUUGAAGCGAGGGCAUUGCAGAGAAAUGGAUGGUGGAAUCUUUGGGGGGUCAGUGAAUAUGGAAGUGAGCUCCUGGAGAACAAUGGUUCCGUUGCGAGAGAUCAUAUGGCAAGUGAAAGAACCUUUUUGUCGUGGAUUAGAACGUCUCUCGCUUUGGUUUCUGCAGGGGUAGGAGUUACACAACUAUUCAAGCUAGCAAGAGAGACGGAUAAAAACGUAUCUAUAGCGAAGUUUGGUGACGCAAUUGGAUCAAUCUUCAUUCUGAUUGGCAUCCUAUGUGUGGUGAUGGGUGUAUUCAGGUUUUUCAGAACACAAGAGCUCAUGAAGCACGAUCGAUUUGCCCCAGCACGAGGAAGUAUUUCUCUACUGGUAUUUCUUGUCUUUGCCGUAAGUACACCAAUUCAUCAACCCCUUGACCUUGAAGGUAUGGUACUGACACUAUUCACCAUGCAGACUUGUAUCUUCACACUAGUGGUGAGUACAUCGACAAUGGUCCAGUCAGACCAGACUUAGUCACAUUUGAAUAUAUCCAUGGA